AUACCAUACUGCUGGUUCUAUAGGCCAUUGCGACGGGAUUACCUAGCAGUCGAAAAUGGCUACAGUUUGCAGACUUAUCUAAAUCUAGAACGCAAUCUUCCAGCUAUCAGUUUUAUUUUGCUUUUCAAUGAUCGAUGAAUUGUGCAUUUCUAUAUUCCAUCCAAAGGAGUCAUUCGUUUCGUCCGUUCAUCCGAAUGACUUUAGGACGCUAUUAUGCCAUUUAUCUUCCCCAUCGAGACCCAAGAUCAAAGGGCCAUCAUAGUCUGCGGCGUUGUAUUUAGUCUCCUGGCGGUGGUAUCCGUCGCCUUACGCGUCUUGGCUAGACGUACGGCGAAUAGGGUACUCGACUUGAGUGACUUUUUCGUUAUUGCAGCCUGUGUUUUCGCUGUCAUCUAUCAGGGCGUGUCUAUCUCAUCCGUUCUUAUAGGUGGAGUAGGUUACCAUAUCGAAGAUAUAAAGAAUAGGUUUGGCGUCGAGUCCGGAGCGGAGAUAUUCCUCCAGCAUACAGUUGCCAAUCAGCUACUAUGGGCAGUUAGCCUUUGUCUUUGCAGAGUUUCAAUUCUCAUACUGUCUACGAAAAUCUUCCUAGUGCAGAGUUUUAUCGUAACCGCCAGAAUUACUUACGUUCUUGUUCUUGGAUGGGGUUUAGCUGCCAUUCUCACCGCCUUCCUCCUCUGCAGACCCUUCGCUUAUAACUGGGACAAAUCGAUCGAGGGAGGAGUCUGUGGAGACCCGACAGUAUCAUGGGCUGUAACGGGGGUCCUCAACAUGAUAUCCGACCUGGUGAUUCUUAUCAUGCCGAUGCCUUACUUGCUGAGGCUUGAGUUAGCAUGGGAGAAGCGGCUUCGGUUAGCAGCAAUCUUCGGCAUAUUGGUGUUGCCCUGCAUUGUUAGCAUCGUCCGUAUAGUUGAGAUGAUCAAAAUGGACUUCAACGAUAUCACGUUCAGUUCUCCGCAUACUCUUCUGCUUAGUUCGCUUGAGCCCUGUCUCGGCGUGAUGGCAGCGUGUGCAAUGACUAUGCGUCCCCUUUUCGGCGGUCGAUACUCACCUGACGGAACGGCAGAUUACAGUGAUCCGCCUAUCGCACCCCUACCGAAGAAAAACAGCAAUCGUCGAUUCCAACCGCUCAUUGAGAAUACAUCGGAAACACGCCUGCGUCCCGAAGAAGUCGGGUAUCAGGCAUCGAUAGCGAAAUCCCCAGAGCCACCCAUGGGUUUCGGCACUCUAGGCGAGAUCGGUCUUGAGAUGGGGGCAAUUUCGAUAAGGCAUGAGUGGAUUGUGAAGGAGGAGCCUCGUCCAAGGAGUUCAGAUACAGAAAAAGACAAGAGUUUAAGAUGAUAUAAUCACGUAAACCAAAUACUAUGAUACCCCUCUGCAAGAUACUUCUGUUAAAUUGUGUUAAGGUUGGGUUACUGUUGGAAACAGUAUUGCCGAAGUCCCCCUGAAGACUUGAGGGUAGAACAACAAUUCAAAUUGAUAUUUAUUACGGGCGGCAACAACAUCUAGACGAAUACCUAAA